UGUUACUAUUACACAUGUUGUUCUAGAAAAAAAAGUGACAAAUCUCAGAUGUGCUGAGCUGCCUGAGAGAAAAGAAAAUGUCAAUGGCGUUUCAACGACGACAACAAUACUUCCGUAGGGGACCUUUCUUCUUAUAACGACUGAGAAACUAUUCCCUCUCUGACCCAAUUUGAUGUUUCAAGUUUUUUAUAAACCCCACGUUGACACCUCGAAUCUUCCCAAACCUUUUUGAUUAAUCUUGCUCAAAGUUUCCAUUUUUAGUUGAGUUCUUCUCUCUUCGUUUCGUGAUAAUGGAAGAAAAAGAUUGCGUGAUUACAAGAAACACAGAAGAAGAUAUGCAUGUUGUUGGUAGUGAUCUCGAAGGAACCGGUGGUGAGUCAAAGAAGACGAAGAGAAGCGGGAAGAGUGGGGAUAAAGAGACGAAGAAGAAGAAGAAGUAUUGGAUGGGUUGUCUCAGAGCUGAAUCAGACGAGAGUGGUAACGUCGAUUUGACUGUUGAUUUCCCUGGCGAACGCACUGAGCCGACUCACCUAGUCGUCAUGGUCAACGGUCUCAUUGGCAGUGCUCAGAAUUGGAGAUUCGCCGCGAAGCAGAUGCUCAAAACGUAUCCUCAGGGUCUCCUCGUUCACUGCAGUAGGCGCAACCAUUCUACACAAACAUUUGGUGGUGUUGAUGUUAUGGGAGAAAGAUUAGCUGAAGAGGUUAGGUCGGUGAUCAAACGUCACCCAAGUCUCAAGAAGAUCUCCUUUGUAGGACAUUCUUUAGGUGGCUUGGUUGCUAGGUAUGCUAUCGGGCGUCUUUAUGAACAAGAAUCUCGAGAAGAGCUUCCACAAAACAGUGAGGACAUUGGUGAUACAUGCCCUGUAGAGGAACCGAAAGAGAGAAUCGCUGGAUUGGAGCCUAUGUAUUUUAUUACUUCUGCAACGCCACACCUUGGUUCAAGAGGACAUAAGCAGGUCCCGUUGUUUUCUGGAUCUCACACUUUGGAGAGAAUAGCUACACGUAUGUCCUGGUGUCUUGGUAAAACGGGAAAACAUCUUUUUCUGGUUGAUAGUGAUGAUGGAAAGCCUCCGUUACUCCUCCGAAUGGUUAGUGAUUCUAGAGAUCUUAAAUUCAUUUCUGCUUUGCAUUGCUUCAAGCGGCGUAUUGCUUAUGCAAAUACAAGUUUCGACCACCUUGUGGGGUGGAGCACAUCCUCUAUUAGACGUCGCAACGAGCUUCCUAAGCUUCAACGCGGUCCAGUCAACGAGAAGUAUCCUCACAUUGUGAACAUUGAACCACCGGAUACUGCAAGGAACCAUGAGGAAGAUCAAUCAGGGAGCAAUUCAAACGGGUUCAAGAAGUUCGAUAUGGAAGAGGAGAUGAUAAGAGAAUUAACAAAAGUGAGCUGGGAACGAGUUGAUGUUAGUUUCAGAGGAACUCUGCAAAGAUUUCUCGCUCACAAUACCAUUCAGGUAAAAACAAAGAUGAUCAAUUCAGCUGGAGCAGAUGUUAUACAACACAUGAUUGACAAUUUUGAGCCAUAGGGGUUGUAAUUAUAGGAAGAUGGCAGGUUCCCCACAAGUUAAAUUCACUAAGGGUAACAUAUAUCAGUCGUAUUAUCAAAAUUCUGUCAUCAGAAAAUGACAUGUAGAAUUAUUUUGGUUACAUCAAUAAAAGGAAAUGCAAGAAAUAGUUUCCAUGUU